AUGGCCAAAUCCAACACCAAGAAGAAUAAGGGCUCCAGAAGACAUCAAAAACCAAGCUCCAGAAAGAGAUCACAGUCCAGCACUGACUUUAGCCGAAAUUACUCACUCUACAUUCGCAGGGUCCUAAAAGAAGUGGAUCCCCAGAAGAGUAUAUCAUCUCACACUGUGGACAUCAUGAACACCAUGAUCAACAACAUUUUUGAAUGCAUUUCUACGCAAGCCUACAAUCUGAUGUGUUUCAGAAAUCGCUGUACCCUCACCCAUGAAGAUAUCCAGAAGGCAAUGUAUAUGCUGUUUCCUGGAAAACGAUCUAAGUAUGCAGUGACUUUUGGAAGUGAAGCUGUACAAAGAUAUGUCCACUCCAAAAACAAUGUACCACGUUAA